AUUCUAAAAAAGAGUGUAAACAAAUGGUACGAUGUUUGACGUGGAUUUUGAUGAUGAUAUGAGGGACUUUAUGCACGCGAACUUGGAAUUUAACGAUGGUCACUUUGCUGCCCCGCACUUUCCAGACGAUCUUUUCAACAAUAUUCUUGGAGGAGAAGGAGUUAUCUUCCAGUUCGACAAUCCUUACGACAGCGACGACGAUGAUUACGACUAUUACGACGAAGACGACCCCUUCGACGAUGAUUUCGAGAUCGACAAUUCGAGAAAGAUAUUUGUAACAUUGCAAGACAGCUCAGUUAUCAAGAGAUUGUCAUUUCACAAGAAGUCCUGGAAGCCAUAUGGGCACUUUGGAACGGGACUGAAGAAUCCUUGCAAGGUUGAGUGCUACGAAGAUCUUUACCGGCUCCUGGAGGAACUGGAACUCCUUGUCAGGGUUUGGAGAAAACGCUGCCAGCAUCCCUACACCGCUCAUCUCAGGACGGAGAUUAAGAACUCGGUUCAGAACACCGGAGAGAAGCUGGUUGAAGGAGAGGACUAUAAUCAGUCCGACUAUGAGGAUGAGGACAUUUUCAGCUACUCUAGCCCAACCACGUUUACACCAAACGAAUCUCUAACUAAGAAAAAGUUCUGCCAGAGCGUGAAGAUUUAUCAGAAAAUAUUCGAGAACGACAAACAGUUCGAUGUGUUCCUGCGAACCCUGCUCCGGAUGAAGAAGUAUGUGUUCCGUGUCGUGUUCCAGGUGUUCAUGGACACUUUGCCCCCCGCCACUGCUGCCAGGCUUCCACAGGAACUCUGGGAGAAGAUCUGGAAACAUACUCAGAAUGGAUAUUCCAAUGGUGACAGCUUUGAUCCUUUUCUGGAAGAGCUGGAAGAUACUCAAUACUAUCGGGCCGGUCAGAGGUCGAGUCGGUCAUAUUAUGGACCUUGGCACGCAGAACAGGAGCGAAUAGCUGAACUGUACGGAGCUGUAGGAAACCUAUUUAUCUCUCUGUUUGAGAUAUUAUUCAAGAACACUGUUUUCCCUCAACAACACUUAAUUCCUAUUCAAGAACUUGAAUCUGAUGGGAGCAUGGUCAAACUAAUCCGUGUACUCUGGAUCAAACACUGGGCUUUAGUCGGGCAGAAGUUUGCCCGCCUCCGACAACUAGAUUCCUUUCUGAAUCCCUCCGACGAUAUUUCCUCCUUGCCUGGUCCUUCGGAGGUCUCCCUUUACCAGAAGGUAGAGAAGGGGAUGUACACUAUCCGGGAUGUUACAACGGAGUUUAAGAUGAAACACACCAGUCAUCUGACAACCUGCCAAACUGGAAAUAUUAUCGUCUGCAUGGACGAUUGCAAUCUUCUCGCUAUUGUAGAUCAUUAUUCCGACGAUGGAGAGUUCUUUCUAAACCUAACGGUGUGUGAUGGAAGCACGGGAAAAGUUCGCCACGUGAUCAAAACUGGGCUCAGCUACAGUUUCUUCCAGAUAGACCUCGCAAACUUCGCAAUACGUCGCCUCGGUAAAACCGGUUGGAGGAAAACCUUUUGCCUGACUAAGGACAGAAUCUCAUUGUUGUAUUGUGAUACAAUCCAUAAAUCUUCAAGAAUUAAGAUCUGGUCGCAUGCGUUUUCUAGCGACGACAGCCAGGUCGACAUCAUGCUGAAGGACCCGCUAGUCGACGAAUUCUUCGCCGAGACGACCUACGAUCAGAAGAAUAGCUCUAAUCAGAAAUCAACGAUAUUCCACAGCGAGAAUAAGAUUGUUGUCUGUGUUCAGAAUCCGUUUAAGGUUGAAUCUGUUCUGAACGUAUAUGAUGGGACAAGCGGAGAACUUGUUUUGAAUAUUGAUUGGUUGGAGGAGGAGGUUCGGCUGGCCGGGUUCAAGGAGAACAGAGCCAUCCUCGUAAACAGUACCACCAACUCCAUCAUCUUCUUCAGCACGGACUCAGGGGAACCGAUCUACACACUCCCCUUCGCCGAGAUGAACGUGGGAACAGAGAGCUACGGACCCUGGUCCGGAAUGUUUGACUCAAGUCCAGGAAUUCACGAAUUUGCUCUCCUACGAUCGGAUAACUCCAAGUUUCAGCUGUACUCUUACAACCCCGAUCAAGAGACGGUAAAGCCGGGACUUAUUUUCUCCGGAUCGGUCAGUGAUAGCUACAAACUAACCUCGGAGUGCUUGAGCACAGCUAAAUUGAAGAACGGGGUACUAUACUUUAACCGUAGGGUUUAUCUACCCCAGGAGAUGAUUAUAGAUGAGGUAGAAUGUUUCCACGAAGUUUGCGCUCUCAGUCUUAAAUCUCAAAGUUCCUGUCCCAUCCUUACCAUGGGCAGUGAACCGUUCCAGCUAGGCCAAACCAAAUAUAACGAACUUAGUCACACGCAUUUCGAUCCUAAGUUCAAGUUCUCAGAUAUUCUAAACUCAACCAUUGUAGAAACUUUUGAUCCUUGCAAGCGUCCACUCUUCUUUAUUAGUCCGACAUCAUUCGGAAUUCUCAUGGAACUUGGCAACAUCAUUAAAAUAUUCGACUUCGAUCACGAUGAAAGAUCUGUUGUUGCAACCGAGGUCGCGGCCUUAGAGGCUGAGAAGAAGGAAGAAGAGGCUGCUGUAGCCGAGCAAAGGAUGAAGGAGAAGGAGAAAGAGAAAAAGAAGAAAGGAAAGCUGGCGAAACAGAAGAAGGAUGCUGAGGAGAAGUUUGUGGGAACUGAGGUUGUAGUAAAGGGCAAGGUCGGAGAAUGGAAAGGAACUUACGGAUUUAUCAGAGGACGGGGAGCAGCGUAUAAGCUGGGACGGAUAUUCUUCCACCGGAGUAAUGUUCCUGGACAUGAGAAGAGAAGAUUCUUCCGACCAGGAUUGGAGCUGGAGUGUUUCCUGGUCCAGGGAAGGGAGGAAGGAUCUUAUGAAGCAGUAAAGGUGAAAGUUGUUUGAACAGCGAAGAAAGUCAAGAAUUCAAAAGUCAAAUAUUUUAUCGUUAAAAAUUUCUGAAAAUUAUUUAUUUAGCAUGCUCGUAACUGUGGUUGUAAUUGUAAAUGGGUGUUGGCUAAAGAGGAGAAAUGGAAGAGAGGGGAGAAGUAAAAAAAUUAUAUUAAAGAAAAGUUGUAUUAGAAAAAAGGGAGUUGUUUGAGAAUAAAGGGAGUUGUUUGAUAAUAAAUGGAGUUGUUUAAGAAUAAAUGGAGUUGCUUGAGAAUGAAUGGAGUUGUUUUGGAAUAAGGGGAGUUGUUCGGGAAUGAAGAGAUUAGUUUGGGAAGGAAGGGAUUAGUUUGGGAAUGAAGAGAUUAGUUUGGGAAUGAAGGGAUUAGUUUGGGAAUGAAGUGAUUAGUUUGGGAAUGAAGGGAUUAGUUUGGGAAUGAAGGGAUUAGUUUGGGAAUGAA